CUAAAACUAAGAAAAGAUGAUUAGAUAUUUAGAUGAGCUACUUCCUCCAUAGAUGAUGAAGAAGCUGCCAGCUUUUGCUGAGGAGUGAGGAUUUUGUCUUCAAAAUCUGCAAGUGAUUGGGGCUUAGGGCUGCUCAACAGAGGAUUUGGGUGGGAUGAUCUCCAAUUAGACGCAACCCUAACUCAGUGCAUAAGCAGUAACAGAUUCAAAGAAGGGGAAACGAUUCUUCGGAGAAAGUAAUGGACCGAAUAUCUGUUCUGCCAAAAACUAUACUUCAUGACAUCCUCGGAAGGUUGCCAGACAAAGAUGCUGCUAAGACUAGUGUUUUGUCAAAGUCGUGGAGCCAAACAUGGUUUUCAUUUCCCGUAGUGGCUGCUUGGAGCGAGGGUUUUUUUAAUUUGCCUGAAUUACCAUUAUCUCAAGAAGAUCCUCUUUGGCUUAGCAGAUUAGAUAUAUUCAUUGGGUAUGUGAGUAAAAGAUUGAGGAGGCUCCAUGACCAAGGCUUAGCGGUCAAAGAACUUAAGAUCAAUAUGAAAUAUAUAUCUGACAAGAUGCUUGUGUCCCUGUCCCACCAUCUUGAUGAAUGGAUACAGAUGGCAAGUGAAAGUGGUGUCGAAGUACUGGCGCUUCACCUCACUCUUAGCCUGGACAAAUUUUAUAACCUUCCACUUUGUCUCGUUGAAGCCAAGUCACUCACUACGUUGGUUUUGAUUGGGGGAAUCAGACUUGACCCAGCAUUCUUAAACCAUUCACUCAAGUUUUUCUCGGUGAGAACAUUGCUUUUUUCUGGUACGCUUGUUGAAGAUGAAAGGGCUAUGGAGCAUUUCAUUUCACAUUGUCCUCUGGUUGAAUAUUUAACUCUUAUUGAUUGUCUUCCAUAUAAACCUUCAAGUGUAGGAGAUCCACCCGGUUCUAGGGCCCAUUAUGUGAAAUCGUUAAGCUUGCAUGGUCUACAAAAGCUGAAGCAAGUUGAUGUUCAAGGAAUAGAAGAGGUAUAUAUUGAUGCUCCGAAUCUUGAGAACUUACGCUAUGUUGCUAGUAUUUGGGAUGCAUCUAAACUGAAUUUAAGUAGUUACAAAAAUUUGAGAAGGUUGAGCUUACGUUUUGUGAGGAGUGCAGACAUGUGGUUACUUGAACGAUUGCCCAAGAUUCCUUUCCUUGAGAGUUUGACGUUGAAAGAUUGUUCUUUGUCUGAGAGGAUUAAUAUUUCAGGUCCUCAACUCAAGUUCUUCAGGUUAUCAAAUUGCCCUAACUUGAAGGAGGUCAAUAUUGAUGCUCCAAAUUUAUUAUCAUGUGAGUAUUUUGGAAACGACGAACCUGUUAUAUCUUUUCGUAGAAUUUCUAAUCAACUGGAAGUCAAUGCUCGUAUCCACAUGGAUCAUCAUCAGGAUGUUGAUAGAUUGAGGCAAUUUAUCCAAAACAUUGAACCCCAAGAGGUUUUGAUGUCUCUGUCCCUUUGUAUCAUCCUGCCAGAUUCAAUUAUAGAAAGCCUGGCUACAUUGCCAGGUUCAUCAUCUCCACCAACUAUUAAACACAUGCAAUUAUGCUCUGUUUCGCCUAGGCAAACUCAGUAUUUUCCCUUUAUGAAUUGGUUGCUUUCAAGUUGCUUCCCGGAAACUGUUUCAUUCAGCUUGAAUCAUAGUUUUAAUAUGAGGGAAUUCAUGGUGUAUUUCUAUGAGAUGCUGAUGGGAAGCAAGAAGGGCGAGUGCUAUUGCUUUUCAAGGGGUCCUGAGUGUUGGUGGCAUGGCUUGAAAGUUGUCAAGAUCACACAUCUAGAAAGGACUUAUGAAAAUGUUGAAGAUCUCAAGGCCAUGUUAAAUGCAUUGCCCUUCGCUGAUAAUUACGAGGAAGGAUUUAUCAGUUUUACCUUAGAGUUGUAAUCUUGCUAUUAUUAGAUGAUAGACAUUCCUUGUUUGAAUUAAAACUUAGGUGUUGCUGCUUUCAAUGAUGUGCCUGUGCUUUUAUUUUAGUGCCUAUGUGUACGAAGCUGAAUCUAUUUGCUAAAGUUAAGUGAUGUGAUCUAUGAGUGGAUAACUGUGGAUAUUUUUUCUUAGAAAUUUCUAAAUUCUGCAAUCAUUAUUUA